AUGUCGGAAAGAGACGCGUAUCCAGAAGAGAAUAAUGACAUGUUCGAGUUUGAUGCCCCGCAGAUAAAAGACUUCACAAAGAAAGAGUAUCAAACACAGAAGAAAAGAAUAGAAAUGCUGCUGGAAAUACACGGAAAUCCCGGGGUACCGCAGGACCCGUCAAAGGAGGCGAAGAAAAAGACAACUAAAAAAGUCCCUGCAGCAGCCCCAAGGAAGACAUUUUUCUCAGAAAUAUUCAAGGGAGAAGCAGUGCAUGCGAAAGAAAAUAAAAAAGUAGAAGGAGGUAUGCCUCAUGAACAGCCAGAGAAUCCAUUUGAUCAAAGUGUAGAUGACGAGUGGUUUAGGAAGAAAGAAGAGGAAAUACUUCAAUUCCAAGAUAUGUCGGUGAGAGGCAUUCUAAAACCUGACUCGGAGACAGCAAACCUUCUAACAAGGGAUCUGUUUGGAAGCGAUGAUGAAAAGGACAUUCUACCACAGUUGAGAGUGAUUGCCACACCGCCCAUUAAGAAAACCAAGCAAGAAAUGCACUCAGCAGAAUUCAACAAAGAAGAUAUUGAAGAGCUCUCCAGAAGCUUCAAGUCUUCCCUAUAUAAAUAA